AUGUCUCAAAAUGAUAACUGUCUUGAUACGAAGAUUCGCCACAUCACUCCGCCGAAGGAAGAUCUGCAAACUCUUCCCUCAGCUUUCUACAACUGUAAUAUCUGUGGUCUUCAAGUGAAAACACAAUCAAAUCUUCGAGCUCAUUACAUUAAAACUCAUGGCCUUGUAAAUGUAACCAAGGCAUCGGUAAUUGAUAACCUAAAUGCACCGAGGCACACCUCAAACCAUCUCAACGAACCAACCAGGAACGAGCAAGCAGAGAAUCUCUGGACUGCUGCUAAUUUAUCACAAUCGUCGCCCCCUAAGUUGGCCAUUCUUCCGAUGCUGAUUUUACCGCUUGGGGUUUCGGCUGACCAGAUUCCCACCUCCUUCAUCAGCGAGGUGGUUUCACAACUUCGCAGCAGCCUGACAAUCUUUCCCCCCUUCGUUUCUGCUCCACCCACGGAAAAUGGUUCUCAGUUGAGCAGUAUCACCUAUUCUGCUCGAAGCGGGAAUUCAGAUCAGGUUGACCAACCCCAUGUUGCACCCGUGGCUCCGAAUCCAACCAUUACUGUCCCGCAUAGUGCUGUUAGACGCCACCUUGAAGCGAAUUCUCAGCAACCCUCGAGUUCAGUUCCACUCGUCGAUGCCGGAACUACGACAGUGCAUUUCUCAAAUGCUUACACCCAAACGGAGGUCAACCUGCCCCCUGGUUGCCGUCUCGCGCCUCCCGAUUCUCAGUCAGACUUCUCAAUGCUCUACCAUCUGACCCGGGACUCGUGUACGGGCACCUCACCCCCCGACGGUGUGGCUCAUAUGUCCGUCGUUAUGCCAGACAUAUCUCACACAAGCACUUAUAUGUCUCCCGGCCACUCAAUAGAAUUGCAGUAUCCGGAAAUGAACUCUAACAGCACUAUGACCAACUACCACCAAACGACUGCGGCUACUGCUCUGCAACCGGUGCUCACUCAGGACCGGUUCGUUCAGCAGACCUGCCCUCUCGUUACUCAGCAGAAUGCCUUCCAGCAAACAAGCGCUUCCCUGUACCCAAGUACUUCCACCGAUUCCGGUUGUUACGGAUACAUCAAUCGAGUUGACGAACCUCCACCCUCCUCUUCUUCAGCCACCGAUUCACGUAGCGGAUGGAGGCCAAUGCAAAGAACUAAUCAGCCGUCGUUGUGUGCAAAAUCAGUCCAAAUGCACAGUGCUAACUCGGUUGCUUUGGAAACAACACUUGACCUCGACAAUUUUGACCCGAACAGUUCGGGUAAUUGCUUUUGGCCUACAUCGUACAGCUUUUCCAACACAGAGACACAGACAGUGUUUGAUCCCGCCUUUGAUCAAUGGCUCAACAGUGUGCAAACUCAGACAACCACCUGUCCUCAGGGGCGGCAACACCAGUCCAACUGGACGUCUACUCUGGAAGUCGCUGCGGAUGGUGUUUGUGUUGGUGUAAACACUGAUUUGCUCACACCCAAGCACAGUAGUCCUUACUGA